GCGGCUCGAAAAAACCAUUGCCUCUCAAACGUUACCUUUGGGGCGAAUUAUUUACCCCACUUGGUGGAUACAUUGACACCUCACUCUUCAAUUGUCAUGGUUCAAAGUGUUUCGUUGCUGGCAGCGGCGUGCGCAGUCGGCCAAGUGUCUGCAUGGGGCAUGACCCGAGUCCGCACGAUCCAAGCCCGCGUCCAAGGCGUCGCGCCCGAGUAUGACGAGACCCAUAAGCAGUGGGUCGCGCCGUAUGGCAAGACCUUUGAAGACAAGUGGCGUGCAUCCAUGGACAGUGUCAACACUGCGAGCGUGGAAGGUGCAUUGAUGUACGUUCAGUCCGAAGGGAUCAUCGACGGCCCCGAAAAGCCAUACUGUGACCGCAAGAACAAGAUGCAGUUCGUGUGGAUUUAUGACAUUGAAAUCGCCCAAACGAACGCGUCCCUUGCCGAAUAUGACUCGGACUGGGGCGUGUACCCCGAGUACUGCCCGUUCGUCGCGCUCGAUGGCGGCAAAUGCUCGGCCAUGUGGGAGAACUCAACUUACGCGCUCUUGCCCGACGUAUGCAACAAGUUUGCUGGCUUGGCGGGCCAAAACAACAUCGGGCCGUGCGUUGGCGGUGAAGACCGCACGAACCACCCCAAGGCGCCGUACCCUAACAACAUUUGGUUUUCAUUCCCCAACUCGUGCUUCACUAAAGGAUUCUCCGGCAAGACAGAUGCGUGCCGCGCUGCUGAGAAAGGUGGGCUCUGUCCCUUCGGCACCCACCCCGACGGCAUCACGUGCACGUUCUCGGCCCAAGUGUUGGGCUACCUCAACCUGGACGACCUCGUCGGCAUCACCGCAUUGACCAACCCCAACACGGGCAAGCCGUACGUGACCCGCAAGGAAUUCUGCGAAGCCGGUGGCGUUGAAACAGACCUCCCCUUCUGGCAGGACCCGCUCGACCCCGCGGCCAAUAACGCCCGCUCGGACAUGCUCAUCACGAUCUACCAGUCUCUUACCAUAUAUGACCCGAGAAUGACGCCUCUCCCCAAACUGGCGACCCUCACGUCCGAAAACCCCAAGUGCUACGAAAACUCGCGACGAUGCAACUCUGGAUGCCGCCGAAAGCUGUAUGCGCAAGUUUGUGAAGCAUGCUCGUCCGGCGACGACUGCAUCAAGAAGCCCGACUCGGUCGAAGGCGUGCCUGUCUUGGAGAAGUCGCUUCCUCCGUCCGCUUUGACCACCAUCGUGGUCCCUGCCACAACGACCACCGCAGCUCCCACCACGACGGCGUACAAGACGUUUGCCACGCACGACGCCUGAAAGCGGAAGCAAGUGGAGAGUAGCACGUAGAGUAAACGUAGACAUGUCCAAUUCACAGUACUGUAGACCUCCGUAUCAAAGGUUGAAUUCCUGCC